GGGGGUGGGCCUGGGGAGCGGAGGUUCGUUCGGCGGAGCCGCAGCCGGGACCAGGUUCUUUGGCAUGGAUAAAUGUUCAGUGGAAGGAUUAGAAUUGACUGAACAGACUCCUGUUUUAUUGGGGAGUACAGCCAUGGCAGCUAGUCUCAUGAAUGUAGGAAAUUCAUUUGGUGACCAAAUUAGUCCUCUGGUUAAUAGGUCUAGAAAUUCAUCUAUAGAAGAUGAUGAGGAUGAUGAUGUUGUAUUUAUUGACUCUAUACACCCUCCUUCAACUGCUCCAGCGGUAACUUAUCCAAGAAAGUUUGUAUUAUCAAAAAAUGAAAAACUGCAAGGAAAUUACUCCAAAUUCCUUCCUUCCUCAAGAGAUUUGGCUUCUCAAAAGGGUCAUAUAAUUGAGACAAUAGUCAUUGAUGAUGAAGAGGACUUAGAAACAAAUGGAGAGAAUAAAAAGAUUUCUUCCAGUUUUGUUGGAUGGGGAUUUCCCGAAACUAAAAACAAAACCAAAGAUUUGGAUUUCUCUACUACCAGUCUUUCAAGAAGUAAGAGCAAGACUGCUGUAGGACCUUUUAAUCCUGGUAGAAUGAAUGUGGCAGGAUAUGAAUUUCAGAAUGGAGGAUUUACGACUCAUCAUAGUCCUGAUUCUUGGAUAUCCCAGUCAGCAUUAUUUCCUCGUAAUCAGAAGCAAGAACAGGUGGAUUCUUUAGCGCCAUUGGCCUCUCUUCCUAAACAGAUUUUCCAGUCUUCAGAUCAGCAGCAACAUAUUAAACCAACUAAAAUCACUUGUGCACAUUGCAAAAAUCCUUUACAGAAGGGACAGACUGCUUAUCAACGAAAAGGAUCAGUUCACCUGUUUUGUUCUACCACCUGCCUUUCCUCCUUCUCUCAUAAACGUAUUUCCAAGAAGAGCAAUGUAAUAUGUAAAAAGGACACACCUACAAAUAAAGCUCCUAUGGUUCCUAUAAUGAAGCCAACUGAAUCCGUCCAGAAAUUCUCUAGUACAUCUGGUUUAACUCUCUUUGAAGAUAAUCAGAAUAUUAGAAAAAGAGCGCUAAAUAAAUCAAGGUGUACAAUCUGUAGUAAACUAACAGAGAUUCGACAUGAAGUCAGUGUGAAUAAUGUAACACAUAAACUGUGCAGUAACCAGUGCUUUAAUAAGUACAGGUUGGCCAAUGGUUUAACAAUGAAUUGUUGUGAACAGUGUGGAGAGUACUUACCCAAUAAAAGUGUUGGAAACUUUGUCCUGAUCAUUGAAGGACAGCAGACAAGAUUUUGCUGCCAAGGUUGUGCUAAUGAAUAUAAACAGAUUAUGGAAACAGAUUCUAACAAAUUGUCUGCAUCAGAAAACAGAAAAAGGAAUGCUCCUAGAGAAGAAAGUGAAAGAAAAUUAUAUGGAUCAUUGGAUAUCUGUGUGGAAAAAAUAGAGGAAAUACCAGAAAAAAAGGAAAAAACUUCAGCACUGCAGGUUUCAGCAGAACGUAGCACAGAUUUAUCCCUAAUCAAACAGGAUACGGCUUUACCUUCUAUGUUAUCCAUACCUGAUAAAUUUCAAGAGCAACUGGAAGAAAAAAAAUCAGAGGACUCCAUUGUACCAGUUAUGCUUUCUGCAGAUCCAGGUACAUGGCCCCGAAUUCUGAAUAUUAAGCAACGGGACUCUGUUAUUGAAAAUGUUCCUCCUCAAGUAAGAAAUUUUAACUUUCCAAAGGACAGUACAGGGAGGAAGUUUUCAGAAACUUACUAUACACGAGUUCUUCCAAAUGGUGAAAAAACCACUAGAUCCUGGUUACUUUAUUCAACUUCAAAAGAUUCUGUUUUUUGUCUGUAUUGUAAACUCCUAGGGGAAGGAAAAAAUCAAUUGAAAAAUGAGAAUGGGUGCAAAGAUUGGCAGCAUUUAUCACAUAUUCUUAGUAAGCAUGAAGAAGGUGAGAUGCACAUCAACAACAGUGUUAAGUAUUCAAAAUUAAAGUCUGAUUUGGAAAAGAACAAAACUGCAGAACACAGAUUUGACGAGAGUGAGGAAAAUAAUGGUGUGCUGUUAUUGUAUACGUAAUUGCUAUUAUAUAUAAUGCACUUAAUUUGGUUUUAGAGGUGACAGGAUCUUAUAUUUAUUCAGUAAACAUCUGUACCUAACAGUACCAUUUUGUUGUGAUACUCCUAUCACAGUAGUUGUAAAUGUUCAUUAGCAAUAAACAUAGCAAAUAAACAGUAAAAAUUGUUUCAAUUCCAAAGCUGACUGGAGUAAAUAAUCAUUAGUACUGAAUUCAUAAAAAUCAUUAGUACUGAAUUCAUAAAAUUUCUCCGACUAUUGAUUCAUUCAAAUUGGUAUUUGAACACUGACGUUUGAUAGGUGUGAUUAAAUUUGUCUGAUUUACCCUGAAAAAGGGAAAGGCAGGCUUAUAUUUAACCAUACCAAUUUAAACAAGAUAAUUACCUAAACAAAAGUUAUUAUUCAGGGGACUGGAGCGAUAGCACAGCGGGUAGGGCGUUUGCCUUGCACGCGGCCGGCCCGGGUUCGAAUCCCAGCAUCCCAUAUGGUCCCCUGAGCACCGCCAAGAGUAAUUCCUGAGUGUAGAACCAGGAUUAACCCCUGUGCAUCGCUGGGUGUGACCCAAAAAGCAAAAAAAAAAAAAACACCAAAAGUUAUUAUUCAGGUAAGGUCAUUUAUAAAUGGCUGAAGAACAUAAUGGAUCAGAACUGCAGCUUUUGCAGUUAAACUUUAUAUUUGUAAUACAUUUCUUUUUAAGUUAGACAAUAUCAUUUGUUACUUUAAAUAGAAGUAUAAUUUGCAUGUUACGGGUUAAUGUGUAAAUAUUUGCGUUUUUAUUAUAAAUGGAUAUAAAGAGUUUACACUAUUUUCAUGUUGGUACAAAUAUACAAAAUAUUAAAAUGUUAAAUCAGCGUUUAUGUAUUGUUACUCCUCUUACCCCAGCCUCUCAAGGAGACUACUUAUCUGAAAUUUGAGAAAUACAUUAAUGAAUGUUAAUAAUCUCAAUUGUUUCUGGUAGGCAAGAUAUUUUUUUUUUUUUUUUUUUUUUGCUUUUUGGGUCACACCUGGCAAUUUACAGGGGUUACUUCUGGCUCAUACACUCAGGAAUUACUCCUGGCGGUGCUCAGGGGACCAUAUGGAAGGCUGGGAAUCAAUCUCGGGCCGGCCGCAUGCAAGGCAAACACCCUACCCACUGUGCUAUCGCUCCAGCCCGCAAGCAUUGUUUUCAUUGUUUGAUUUGUGUUGUGUGUGUUGCUAGGAAUUGAACCCAAGGCCUCACACAUUCAAGAUAAUGUGCUUUACUUGUAUCAGCAGCUUAUGUUUAAAUUCUUUUGUUUGUUUUUGCUUUUUUGGAUCACACCCGGUGAUGCACACGGGUCACUCCUGGCUCUGCACUCAGGAAUCACCCCUCAUAGUGCUCAGGGGACCGACCAUAUGAGAUACUGGGAAUCGAACCCAGGUCGGCCAUGUGCAUAGCAAACACCCUACCCGCUGUGCUAUCACUCCAGCCCCUCAUUUGUUUUAAGUGGAGAGGAGGCAACAUUUGGAUGUGUUCAGGGAUCACUCCUGAUGGUGGAGCCAUAUGGGUUGUGAGGGAUCAAACCCAGGUGGGCUGUGUGAAAGACAAGCUCUCUGCCCACUGUUCUUUUUAGUCUUUGUUUUAAAUUCUUGUAGGACUCUAGCUAUCUCUAGGAUUUUACUCUGAAACAGUGUCAUAUGACUCCUGAAUGUCAUUACUACAAAACAAAAUUGUUGGAGGUCUGAUUCAAGGAAUAUUUGCAGAUUCUUAGUGAUGCAAUAAGAGACAAUUUGGGAACAUAUCGGAAAGUUAUUUUCAUUCAUUUCUAAUCCCCUGAGCCCUGCUAGGAGUGACCCCUAAAUGUCAGAGAGCCAGGAGUAAGUCGUCAGCAUCACUGACUGGGACAAAAAUAAUACUAAUAGGCCAUUCUUAUGAAAAUACUAAAAUCAGAACCAACUCCAAAAAGUAUUACUAAUUGAUUUUUGAGAUAAAAGGAACGAUGCAUCAGGGGCCAGAGCUUAUAGUACAACAGGUAGAGUGUUUUCCCACAGUUGACCAGAGUUUGAUCCCUGGCAUCCCAUAUGUUUCCCCAAGCAACAUCACAAAUAAUUCUUGAGUGCAGAGCCAGGAGUAAUUCCUGAGCAUCGUUGUUGUGACACACAGCCCCCACGCCCCAAAAGAAGAAUGGUGCAUCAUAGUCAAUUAGGGUUAUAUUAGGAAUAUAGAACUGUUUUACCAUUUAAAAUCAGUUGAUAAAAUUAGUCACAUUUGGGCUUGGUUCAGGAGUCUUGGGUUUGAUACCAAUACAAUAUGGUCUCUUGAGCAUCACCAAGGAGUAUCCCCUGAACACUUAAGGGUAUGUGUGUGUGUGUGUGUGUGUGUGUGUGUGUGUGUGUGUGUGUGUGUGUGUGUGUGUGUGUCGCUCAAACACACGUGCUAUAUUAACAGUGAAAAGAGAAAAAUAGGCUGGAGCGAUAAUACUGUGGGUAGGGCAUUUGCCUUGCUGGCAACCUACCCAGCUUAGAUCCCCAGCAUCCCAUAUGGUCUCCAGCACAAUCAGGAGUAAUGACUAAGUGCAGAGCCAACAGUAAAUCCUGAGCCACCUUUAGGUGUAACCCAAAAGGACAAUAAAGGAGGAAAACAAUACAAAAACACCAAUAUAAAGAGGAUUUGAUGGGUCUGAUUAGUAUAGUACAGCAAAUAUGGGUCUUGCCUUGCAAAUGGCCAGCCAGGCUUAAUCCCCAGCACCACAUAUGGUCUCUUGAGCCUUGCCACAAUGAUCCCUGAACACAGAGAGAGCCAGGAGUAAGCACUGCUGGGUUUGGCUCCCAGAAAUAAGCAUUUGAGGGCUAAGAAAUAGCUCAAAUAGUGGAGCACCUUCCUACUAUGUGUGAUGUCAAAUUAGAUUUAAAGAACUACAUAAGCACACACCCCUCCUUUUUUAACUUUUUUUUUUUUGGAGUCACAGUGAAGAGACCGACACAGUCUCUUGCCCCCGUGCCUGGCUGUCUUUUCACCAGGGCACCUCGGAGGGAAUGGGUUGCGUUUUCCUCUUUUCCGACCCCUGCCCCCCCCCCCCAGCAGAGCCUCAACAGUUGAGGACUUCCGGAACCCAGCCAUGUCCAUACUCAGGGCUACUCUCUACACGUUUGGAUGAGCCUCACACAUGGGGGAGCUAGCGGAGGAACCCAGGUGUGUGGUACCCGGAGCCGAGAUCUCCAAGGCUGCUCAGAUCGGGACUGGGCCUCUUCCACCCAGGUCUCCCAUUUUCCAGUAGCUAGACAGUCACACCCAGAGACUGCCCCUGGCACUGUGUAAUUCCAUCAAUGGCAAACUUCCAGAGACUAUAAAACCAAGCUCCUAGAAGCGGUUGCAAUGUGGCUAUGUGACAUUUGAUAGCCUAGUUCUCCCUCUUGGAGAACCUGAGAAGCUACCAAGAGUCUACUGUCCACUCAGGAGAGCCUGUCAAGCUCCCCGUGGUGUAUUCAUAUCUCAAAUACAAUAACAUAUUCAUACCUCUCAGCCUGGCAAGCUACUGAGAGUAUCCUGCCCACAUGGCAGAGCCUGGCAAGCUACCCGUGGCAUAUUCAAUAUGCCAAAAACAGUAACAAUAGGUCUCAUUCCCCUGACCCUGAAAGAGCCUCCAAUCUGGGAAAGACAAAGAAGAGGUUGCUAAAAUAUCAGGGCUGAGUAUAAGAGACGUUACCAGUGCCUGCUCGAGCAAAUCAACAAACAACGGGAUGACAGUGAUACAGUGAUAAUAAAGUUACAUAGUUGUUCAAGAUUAGGUUUCAGUCAUACAAUGCCCAUCCAGGUUCCCUUCACCAAUAUCCCCAGUUUUCCUCCCAUCAUCACCUCCCACAAACCUUGCCUCUGGCUGAUACUUUUCUUCUGUCUCUCUUGCUCUCUCUUUUCUUUCAAGCAUUAUGGUUUGCAAUACAGGUAUUGAAAAGUUAUCUGUGUAUACCUUUACCUCCUUUCAGCAUUCAGUGCUUGUCCAUAGUGAUCAUUUCCAACUAUCAUUGUUGUAGUGGUUGAUUCUCUAUCCUAACUGCCCUCCUCACCCCCGCCCCCUGCUUUGUGGCAAGCUUCCAACCAUGAACCUCAUUUUAAUGUUCUUGGAUACUAGUCUCAUACUAUGUAUGUCCCUCUCCCUCUGACUCAUUUCAUUCAGCAUGAUACACUGCAUGUCCAUCAAUUAUAAGCAAAUUUCCUGACUUUAUUUUUCCUGGUAGCUGUUCUAUUGCAUACCCCUCCAAGCCCCACUUGGAGACUCCCUCAACACUGCUGGGUGUGACCACUACUUUUUAAAAAACUAUUGGACAAAACUUUAACCAUAUAAGGGGACUCGAGGGAUAGUACAGUGGGAAAGGUGCUUGCCUUUCAUUCACCCAACCCAGGUUUGGUCCCUGGGCACCCCAUAUGGUCCCCCAAACCUGCCAAGAAUUACGGCUGAGAGCACAGCAAGGUUAAGCCCUGAGCAUGGCCAGGUGUGACCUUCAAAUCAAACCAACAAGCUAAUUGGGCUGGAGCGGUAGCACAGCGGAUAGGGCAUUUGCCUUGCGCACGGCCAACCUGGGUUCAAUUCCCAGCAUCCCAUAUGGUCCCCCUGAGCACCGCCAGGAGUGGUUCCUGAGUACAGAGCCAGAAGUAACCCCUGUGCAUCGGCAGGUGUGACCCCAAAAAGCAAAAAAAAAAACAAAAAACAAACCAACAAGCUAAGCAUAUAAAAAGUUAACAAACUAAAUCUACCAAGAAGUCUGUAAUCAAGAUCAUAUGUAACAGGGAAGUAGUGCCUAUUUCCUAAAUUCCAGAUUUAAAAAAAAAAAGAUGUCUACUGUGUAAUUUCUGUUUAUCAUUGUUCUACUUAGUUUGAUAAGGCAAGGUAAAUAGAAUGCAUGUUUACAGGUUAGAAAGGAAUAAGACUAAUUUGCAUUCAACCCAGCUUCUUGCUCUUGCCAUCUCUGUACAAGUCUACAAAGUCUGAUCAGAAAAUUGGACCUCAAGAUGUGCUCCCAGUGUCUCUGUUCUUCAGAGGAAAUAGACUUAAUUUAUUAUUUGGCCUUCGUGAACUUCUUAAAAUGGUCACUCAAGAUGGUACAUUACAGCAGAAAAAAGACUACCUAGCUCUUCGAAAACUUAAAAAACUAAGUACCUUUUUUGUCUGUUUUAUAUUUUGGCUACAUCCAGUGAUGCUCUAGGAUUACUCCUGGGUUGGCACUCAGGAAUUACUCCUGACUAUGCUCAGGGACAUUUGGGAUGCCAGAGAUCAAACCAGGUUGGCCACAUGCAAAGCUACCCAUUAUACUAUUGCUCUGGCUCCCAUUUUCUCUUGUCUUAAAGUAGACCCCUCAGUUCCUAAAAGUUGAUUUCAAGUCUAUGAAGUUCCUUGUGUAAUGUUACUUCAAAUCUGAAUGAAAGUCUGCUGCAUAAAGUAUUCUUGGUGGGCAUUUGUUUUACUGACUGUGAUUACUAUAUCCAACCAUUGUCUUAUGAUCCACAGGGUGUCAUUCAAUCUGCUAUAUGUUUUGAGGGGGGCCACACCCAGUGUUGCUCAGGGUUUACUCUUUGCUCUGCAUUCAGAAAUCACUCCGAGGGCUCUGGGAACCACAUGGGUUGCCAGAAAUUGAAUCUGAGUUGGGUGUGUGUAAGUUUCUUACACUAUGUACAGAGAGAACUCUGGCUCAAUAAAUCUACUGUAAAUCUUUUUUGAGGGGUUGGGGGUGGGGUGUGGGGCACACACCCAGAGAUGCACCUACUUACUCCUGACUCUGCUCAGGAAUCAAUUCUGACAAUGCUCAGGGGAGCACAUGGAAUACUGGGGAUUGAACCUGGGUCAAUCACUUGCAAGGCAAAUGUCCUACCUAUUGUCUGGCCUAUAAAUCUACCGUAAAUCUUAAAGAUACUCUUUUUGUAUGUGAUUUCCUUUGUUAAACUUUGCUCUUACCUGGUACCUUUAAGGCCUCUUGAAUCUGGGUGCAUGCACUCUUGAACUCUGAAAAUUUCUCAGAAAUAAUUCCUUUAACCGUUGCAUCUAUAUCAGAAUUUCUUUCUGAGUCUUCUGGAACCUUGGUGUCGUAUGUUGUUCCUCUUUAAUUUAUCCCAGAGUUCUAUUAUCUGCUCUUAAUUUAUUUUGAGGUGUUCUUUACUGCUGUCUGCAUCUCAUGUUGGAGUUCACUGAUUUUGUCCUUAGCUACUACACUACUUUUGAGGCCUUCCUAUGAGUUUUUUGUGUUGUUUUUUUUUUCUUUUUUUCUUUUUUGGAUCAUAACCGGCAAUGCACAGAGGUUACUCCUGGCUCAUACACUCAGGAAUUAUUCCUGGCGGUGCUCGGGGGACCCUAUGGGAUGCUGGGAAUCGAACCCGAGUCGGCUGUGUGCAAGGCAAAUGCCCUACCUGCUGUGCAUAUUGCUCCAAGCCCCUGUUUUACUUUUAUAUUGGAAAGAAAACUAAUUGUUUUCCUUACCAAUACAUCCAAACAGUUUAAAAAAAACUUUUUUUAAAGAUCAAAAGUUUAGUAUGGCCAGAGUGAUAAUACAGCAGGUAGCAUACUUGCCUUGCAUGUAGCCCAGUAAUCAAACAAGAUGUGAUGGUAAUUUGGGGUGUGGGGUGUCAGAGCCACACCCAGGGCUUGCACCUCAUCUGUGCUCAGGGAUCACCCUGGUAGGACUUGAUAUUAUAGCUGCACGCAAGGCAGAUUCCUUGCUAUAACCUGUAUUAUCUCUCCAGCCCCUGUGAUGGUAAUUUUGAGGAAAAUUAUAUGAUUGAAUUGCAAUUGAACUAGCUGCUGUUUUCCUAGAACAUCAGUUUUCCUCAAAAGAAUGACUUACAGGGGCAAUAGUACCGCAUGUACUAUUUGCUUUGUAUGCAGCUAACCUGGUUCAAUUUUCAGGACCCCAUAUGGUCCCCUGAGUCCGACAAGACUGAUCCUUGAGUACAGAGCCAGGAAGUAAGCACUGUGUACCGUCAAAUGUAGGUCCUUAAAAAUAUAAUGACUUACAGACCAACUAUGGUUGUACAGGUUUGAGUAUUUGAUAGAUACUUUCUUGUAAAGUAACCAAGAGGACCUAUUAAUUCAAGGAAAACUAAUGAUAGUCUGUUAAUUGUAACAAAAAUUUGGGUUGAGUGUAGCCCAAAAACCAGAAAAAAAAUUAAAUCUCAAAAAUUGGAAGUUUGGGGGCUGGAGUGAUAGCAUAGCGGGUAGGGCGUUUGUCUUGCACGCGGCCGACCCGGGUUCGAAUCCCAGCAUCCCAUAUGGUCCCCCGAGCACCGCCAGGAGUAAUUCCUGAGUGCAUGAGCCAGGAGUGACCCCUGUGCAUUGCCGGGUGUGACCCAAAAAGAAAAAAAAAUUGGGGGGCCGGAGUGAUAGCACAUCGGGUAGGGCGUUCGCCUUGCACGCGGCCGACCCGGGCCGGCAUCCCAUAUGGUCCCCCGAGCACCGCCAGGAGUAAUUCCUGAGUGCAAAGCCAGGAGUAACCACUGAGCAUUGCUGUGACCCAAAAAGCAAAAAAAAAAAAAAAAAGAAAAGAAAAAAAAAUUGGAAGUUUGAAAAACUUGUACUUCACACCUUGAACUUCAUUGUCUCCCAAACAUUUCAAAGUUUUUUUUUAAUUUUUAUUGAAUCAGCAUGUGGAAAGUUACAAAGUUCUCAGGUUUAUGUCUCAGUUAUACAGUAUUCAAACACUCAUCCAUUCACCAGUGCCCAUAUUCCACCACCAAAAACCCCAGUAUACCCACCGCCCCCGCAUCCCCAACUGUAUAACUGAUGAAUUUCACUUCAUUUUCUCUUUACCUUGAUUACGUUCCAUAUUUCAACACAAAAUUCACUAUUGUUGUUGGAGUUUCCCCCUGAGAAAGACAGCCCUACUACGAAGGAAGCAUUUGAUAAUUAGUUUUCCAUUAAAAGAUUGUAUGUUUUAGAAGAAAAACAAAAAAAGAAAAGAAAAAUAAAUAAAAGAUUGUAUGUUUUCAGUUUUUAGAAAAGGUCCCCGGAGCUGUGUUAGUUGCUGUUCAGUGUCGCCGGGGCUCUAUCUGGAGAGGGUGUGGUGGCUGCACCUCCUCCAUCUGGAUCCCCAGUGUUGCUGGCCCGGUCUCCAGAACACCCGGCUUCUUCUCUGUUGAAUGUGGCAAGAUGGCGCCGAGGGUGGUUGGAGGGCUUGACUUCUGGCGCUGCCCCACUCCAGUGCCACCCCCCCCCCGAGGUUCGGAGUUGUCCCAGUCCCACAUCCCGGAGCCAUGUUAGUUGCUGCUCAGUGUCGCCGGGGCUCCAUCUGGAGAGGGUGCAAACAUUUCAAAGUUUUUGAUGAAAUUAAUUGAAUGUUAACAAAUUUUUAGUUACACAGGCGGGGGGGCCUAAGAAGGGGGCUAGGGGUGUGGGGGUGCGGGGUGGAGCUAUACUGUGAUUCUUUUUUAUUUAUUUAUUUAUUUAUUUAUUUGCUUUUUUGGUCACACCUGGCGAUGCACAGGGGUUAUUCCUGGCUCUGCACUCAGGAAUUACUCCUGGCGGUGCUCAGGGGACCAUAUGGGAUGCUGGGAUUCAAACCCGGGUCGGCCGCGUACAAGGCAAACGCCCUACCCGCUGUGCUAUUGCUCCAGCCCCUAUACUGUGAUUCUUGAUGGUGGAAUAUGUACACUGGUGAAGGGAUGGGUGUUUAGGCAUUGUAUAACUGAGACUUAAACCUGAAAACUGUAACUUUCCACAUGGUGACUCAAUAAAAAAAUUUAAAAAAAAAAGAAAUGUUAACAAAUUAAUUUGUGUCAAAAUUUUAGACCACCUACAGUGAACCAAUAUUUUGUUUUCUUUAUUUUUUAAAUUCCCACUCCCACACUAAAUCCGUACGAGUAAAGUACAGGCUGCUUUUUUUUUUCCCUUUGGGUCACACUUGGCAAUGCACAGGGGUUA